CUCUCCUGCAACUCCUCCCUCUGGUCUAUUUUCUGAAUACGAUGUAGUCCCUUGUUUAGCUCAGCAAGCUCAGAAAAGAACAGCUCAUCUUCUGCAAGAGUCGUCACCCCACUCCUACUCAGACAGCAACAACAAACAUUCUUAUAGGGGCCCGCCAACAUACUUUUGGGCAACGACGCAUUCUUCACCCAGCGCAACUGCGUCAUAAUAGCAACUGGUUCUCAUUCUCAUUUUCUCUGUCUUUUGAGCCAACCCUCUACCUCUAGCCCUCCAGAUUUUCCGGGCUAGAGUGGACGUAUCGCCGUAUCGAUGCGUGCCAUCUUUACCACUAGCUCUCACCCCUCGGCUCCCGCUCCAGACACGUCCACCUCGGCGACCACGUCGCAAGGUUCUCCACCACCACCUCCUCCUCCAUUAGUCUCCGUCUCUUCUCCGGAUGAAUCGGCAACACCUCGUCGUAUCAAAUCGAAAGCCUCGCUACGAAGUACCCGGAGUAUCGGCAGCAGCCUCCUUCACGAAGACGACGGCGACGACGCCCAAUCCGAAAAGUCUCUCAUCCGCCCGAACAUUCUCCGCCGUCUAUCACCCGGCUUAGCUGCACGCGUGAAGUUACUGGACGGAAGCUCCAAAACAGCAACAUCCCCCCGGAACCCCGGUGCGGUUGGAAGGAUUCCCGAGGAGCAGAUCAAGGAGUUGGAUAGUCUACACAAGGUCCAGUCGAUCGAAGUUGAGAGAAAGGGCCGCGCUUGGAGCGGAAUAUCGUUUGCCAACAAAACUCAAAAACAACAGGUACAGCGAGAACCACUACCACAAUCAGGCGUGCCUGAACCACCGGUCGCGGAGUCAACCCCUGGGUCGGGUCAGGACGCCACAUCCGACCGCCUGGAAACAAAAGAAGAGAAAGUGGAAAAUACGCCAACUACCAUGUCUGUUGUUGAGCCAGCCCCGGCACCGCUGGGCCCGGAAAUAAGUGAUCCUAACAUUGAAGACCAGACCGAUGGCCCAACAGAUUACGAGAAGUACAUUCAAAAAACUAGCGAGCUCGAAGCAGAAGCAAACGGCGCGCCACGCCCGCCCCCGAAAGACUCCCCUCCUAUCCAGUCGAGCGCGUCAUCGAACACUCAGUCAUACUUUAAUCCUCACGGUCUUCACCGGACGUCAUCGAUAUACUCUAGUACCAAUUCGAUAUUCUCAUUCUCACGAUCCUCGUUCAGCAAUCAGAUUUCUCAGCUUACCUCCAUCGCCCUUCCACAGCCCUCAUCGCUUGAAGCUAGCAUCGCUUCGAUAUCGAACGCUCCGGCCGCAGUUAAAGCCUUGACCGGUGCCGCGGAACAGAUUCAGAUAUGGAUCAGAAAGGCAUCGAACGUGCUGAACGGACUUGAUGCGGAGGAUGACGUGGUAUGGGCCGCGGCCGCUGGACGGGAAGGCCUUGAUGGUGUGGACAAGGCGAUCACAAAGUUUGAAAGCCUAGUUAAUGUCUAUGUUAAAGCUAUCGAAGAUGUGCAGCUGCGCGAGGACAUCGCUAAUGUCAGCACUGAUGGCUUAGAGACGAUUGUUACCCAAAUGGACAGCAUCCUACAGAGUUGGGCCAACAUCAAGUCGCGGCUCCGGGCAGUGAAAGAGCAGGUGGAAUUGGCAAUGGAGUGGGAGGAACUAUGGAAUAGUGUCCUAGGUGAUGUGGGCGAGGAAGUUGAGGAGCUAGAAGGACUGGUUUUCGAGAUGGAGGCGAAGCGACACUUCAAUCUGGCGAAUGAGGACUCUACUGGGUUGGAUAUCAACGAACUCGAAACGAUUGUGGAGGAGACGCCUUCUAGUGGUCGAUUUUUGAAUAAACGUUCCAGCAUGGGAUCCCUCUACCCUGCACCGCCUGCUUUGGACAGGCCGAUUAUUCAAACUCCGCAGGAUGACACGAAUCACUCUAAUCUUGUUGAACUAUUCGCCCGUCUUCAGCCGCUGCGCGCCUCGCUUGAUUUCUUGCCUAUGAGGCUUUCCAUGUUCCAGUCACGCGCGGAGAAAGUUUUUCCGUCUGCAUGCACGGAGUUGAUGGAGCGCCGCGAGAAACUUGAGAAGGACUACAAGAAUCUGCAGGCAGAUGCUGAAACAUUGCGGAAGGAGCUAGAGGAAGACCGGUGGAUCAUGGUCUUUCGGAACGCUGGCUCUCAGGCGCAGAAAAUGUUUGAGUCUGUUGAGAGAAGCAUCUCAAAGCUGCAAGAGGGCCUUGAGACGGGCAUGCAUUUGCAUAAUCCUGCAGGCAUGACGAAUCGUAUUGAGAGCUACGAGGCCAAGAAGCAGCAUUACGUCCCUGCCAUAGACCGGGUUCUUACAAUCACCCAGAAAGGAGUCAAAGACAGACUAACUGUGAAUGGCGAAAUCCUUCGGCUUCUGGCAAACAUGGAAUCCCAGGUCAACGCCUUGAGAGCCAGUAUCAAGGUGAUGGACUCGUCUUUAGAAGACAUUCAAGACUUGAGGUCACAACAUAUGCGCGAUUCCAUUUCCACCGUCCUGACGAUAGAUAGUCCAGCUACGGGAAGCCUUGCGGACACUCCAGGAAGCUCACCGGCAUCAUCGGUGGUCAUGACUCCAGCCAACAAGUCCAGUCGGCGAGGUAGCUCCGUCGGCUCCGCGGCUCGAACAUCGACCGGACGCCGGGUUUCAGGACUACCGCAACUUGCCUCCAACCUAACCGGCAGAAAGCCCAGCAAUCCCAAGGCCACCCCUAAGACCACGCUGACAGCGCCGUCUCCAACGCCAGCAGCACGAAAGCCUGCACAGCCUGCACAGCCUGCACUCUCGCCUGCGUUGCUCAACCGACCACGGUGGAAUACCAGUACGAACACCAAUGACCUGGAUGUGGGACAUAAGUACAAGCCUUGGACGCCUUCGUUGCGCAAACAAACUGCUCCCUCACGCGGGACACGCCCUUCGUCGACAAUUCCACCCCGGGACCCAUCUACGUCUCCCGUACCACCGACCGCUAGAUCUGCGAGCCGUAUAUCCAGUCGCCUAGGCUUGCGUAGCCCUGGGCGCACAGCGUCUCCAUCACCCAGUCCCUCCAUCUUGGAUCCUCCUCCUUAUAGCAAACUUCGACGCCCGGCUGGAACAGAGAACAUGUCCAAUACCCCCCGCAGCCGCCAGAGUUUUGCCGGGACAUCGUUCAAUCGCAGCGUCUCUCAGGAACAGGGACGAAGCGACAGCCCUACGAAAGCUGCUCGUCCCGGUACAGCACUUGGACACUCAGGAAGCCGCCGCAUCAGUUUGCUUCCUCUGCCGCGGAACCGUAACAAGGAUAAUUUCCCGUCAACUCGGAGCAAGCUCUCGGAACGACCUCCGUGGCGUGGUUAAGCAUGAAGGAGAUUACCACGGUCUUAUUCAUCUGCUGCCUCGAAGUUCAUAUUUUAUCUUCUCCCUUGUAUUAUCUGUGGUCUUUCGGGUUGUCAGAUUGCUUCGAUGAUUCCCCUUUUGCAAAGAUACCUACCAUAUGAUUUAGCGCAAUGUAUACAUUCAAUCAGGUGUAUGGAGUUU